AUGGCGGUCCUAGUUGCUUUCGAUAUCGUAUUUAUUUUAAAUCCGCAUACAUGUGUUUUAACAUCCACGUGUACAACACAGUCAGAGUUAAUUUCAGUACAAUCUGUUAUGAAUAGUAUAACACCGUUUAAAAACUAUACAAUUUAUGAUUCUAAAAAGCUGUUCUUAGAAAUUCAAGUGGGUUGUGCUGGUCUGGCACUGCUUAUAUCGCUCGUUUAUAUCAUUAUUUACUAUAUUUGCAAAACUAAAUUCAAAAAUCAAACUGCUACUGCUACUGCUACCACUAGUGCAGUAAAACAAGAUAAUUAUGUCGAUUAUCCAGCACCGCAACCGAUUAACAGGCCCAUACCGGCUUAUCCUGUGCCUCAAUAUCCUGUACCUCAAUAUCCUUUGCCUCAAUACCCCCUUAUUACAGGACAAAGUCCCUAUGCACCCCCGUUCUAA